AUGGCAUCACUGAACAAAGACACUAUAUCGACUUGGCAGGAGGGUGUGACCAAGUUCCAGGAGAAGGAUUAUAAUGGAGCUUUUUCUGCUCUUUGGAGCAUUCCUGACGACCAUCAAACAGCUAAGACGCUGUACAGUAUAGGAGUAGUGUGUAGAGCUAUGGGUGACCUAACAGGUGCUUACCAAGCUUUACUGAGUGUAAUAGAACAUGACCCUCAUCUAGCUGUCGCUCACUUUCUGUUGGGUAUCAUCUGUUUAGAGGCUAAAGGAAAAGCACAAGAAGCACCCGGACACUUUGAACGAGCAUCGCAGCAGUUCAAGAUCCGUAGUGAGGUAAGCUACGCCCAGCUUGGCAUGCGGUUCAAGCUCCACAAGGCGAUGUGCGAGUACAACUGUGCCUACGCCUUGAACAAAACAAACUCACAAGACCUAGCUAUUAGCUGGAUAGAUGCUGCACGUGUCACUAGAAAGAACAGUAAGGUAACCUACAUAGACCUUGACAAGAGUCUCCUCUUCGCUCCUCUCAAAACAAAGGUGGACAAUCUUGGCAAGAAGAAGUACAUGAGAGACGCUAAGAUGUUGGGCAAACUCAGCAAAGAAAACAGCACCCUGACCUUUGAAGGAGUACAACAGUUUAAUUACCCCGGAGGUAACGGAUACCUGACUUUAGGGAUGGGAGACAAACUGAGCAUAACCGCUCAGACUGGGAGAGUCUGGACUGGGGUAAACGUGGCUAACGGACAGGAAGGUAAAAUUAGUCCGGAUAACGUUAAGGAGCUGAGCAAUCUAAAGAAAGCUAAUCUGAUGGAGAUCAAGAAACCAGAGGAGUUAAUUAAACAGGAGAAAAAGAAGAAGGAGGGGUUUCAUCUUCCUCUGAUUAAGAAGAAAUCUCAAGACAACAAACAUCGCAUAGAGAUUACACGAGUGGAUGGGCCACCUCCGAUGGAGAAUAUCGCUGAAGUUCAGACCAGUGCUCCAAGCAGACCUGUCCCAGCUUCUCCGGGCCGUCCAACUCCUGCUCCCUCGGGGCGCCCUGCUCCGACCAACUCCCACCCCUUCGUCUCGCCCAACCCCAGCCCCAACAGGCCGCCCUACGCCUGCCCCAACAGGUCGCCCUACGCCUGCCCCGACAGGCCGCCCAACUCCUGCCCCAACUGGUCGCCCAACUCCGGCGCCUACUUCACGACCAACUUCUGUUCCUACCCCUGCUCCAGUCCUCCGGUAACAGUAGAAGAUGACGAUUCUAUAUAUAACGAUAUAGACGAGUUCAAUGAUGAGUACAGCGAACAGCCAGAAUAUGCAAACAACAUGGAGGAGGACGAGGAAAUAUACGCUAACACAGAUCUGACGGACGCCCCCGACCAUCCUACCUUGCCGUUUCUACCUCCCAGAAUACCCCCUAAACCAAAGAUAAAAUUCUAA